CAGUCCGCGCUCUCAUCUGUAUUUCCGCCCGCGCGAAAUGAGUGUAGUUUCCUGGUCUUGCAGCUGUGGUCCUUUGGUGUCCCGCGCCAUCGCAAGCCACCGCACGCCGUCUCUCGAAAUCUGCAGACAUCCUGAUUUUUCCCGCGCUCUCUGCCACGUCUCCGCCGCCACUCGACGCCAGGACGCCGGGUCUUGUGGGCUGUGCGGCUUGUCGGCCGGCUUCGCACCAGCCAGCGCCCCGUUCUCUCCUGCAGCACUCUGGUCUGCACCCCCUGAGGGGCUUCCAGUGUCCGGGGGAGUGUCACACAACUGCUGCCCCAUGCAUGUGAGAGAUGUCCUCUGGGACAGCAUGGAUCCUGAGGUUCCAGGAUUGUCAGCUGACCUCUGUCCUGUGUGCCCAGCGGCCCCAGCGGCCCCAGAUGGGCCUGCUGUGUGCAGAGGCUCCGUGGGAUGUGUUGUCUUCAUAACAGCAGGGCGCUGGACCAUGUGUCCCUGAGGUCUCAGCCGUAGAUCCAAGGAUGCUCCAAGGAAGUCCUAAGACCCUGGAGUUCUGGGUUUGCUGAUAUUUCCCACCAUGGUGAGUUGAUGCCAAGAGCCAGAACCCACAGCCAGAGGCUCAGCUGGUCUGUGUUUACGCAGUUGGGAACCUCAAAUCACUGGUCUCACCUGUCCUGUGUUUCAGAAUCUCUUGGUGGUGUUUGUGGACACCAGAGGGACAGAGACUAGCGAGACCACCACAUAAAGCAUUUCCAGAGCUGCUCCCUGCUGCCUGCUCAGAGCACCCUGGAUCCACUAUUCACUUUGCACAAGAUUCGGGAUCCAGACAUGGAAGACUUCAGGUGCCUCGGAGGACUGUGGACAGGGAAGGCCAGCCCUGCAUCCCCCUGUCCAUGCCUGGAAUGACUUUAAUAACCAAGAGUUUUACGCUUGAAUUUGUAGCUGUCGUUCACUUUUUAUCCACUUAUUCAAUAAACCUUACAGAAUUGUUCC